AUGACUUCAAAUUAUGAACGAUUUGAAUCCGAUUCUGUUCCAGAAAAACAAUUACCCUCCCAAGACAAAGUUUCCACAUGGAACACGUUCAAACACCACAUUCCUCGUAUUCUGAUUACGGCUUUCAUCGAUAUGUUUGUGCCACUUAUAAUUUAUUUUCUUCUUGAAAAUCGCAUUCCAUCCGUGUACGCUCUUUUACUCGCUGGUGCUCCGCCUUUCCUCAUGGUUACAUACAAAGCUAUCCAGGAACGUUCGUUUGAUGCAAUCGGCUUUCUUGUCUGUGCUGCUUUUUUACUAGCAGCUGUGUCCGCCGUAUUACUCGAUGAUCCUUACAUACUCUUAUUUGAAAAGUCAUUUCUCACUGGCAUAGGAGUAGUAGCAUUUUCCAUCACAUUGAUUCCAUUUCGAUGUCGCUAUUCCAGUAAAUAUCAAUGGCGACCAUUAGUGUAUUAUUUCUAUCAUGAUUUGAUACCAAUAAAUCGAACAGAAUUCGGAUUACCCGAUAGUGUGUUUGAUGACGACCAAUACACAGAGCGUACGGAACUCAGAAAUGAAAUGACAAGCAAAGGAAUAUCUCGUGCACGAGAAGCACGUUUAGUUUAUGCAUGGCUUGGCCUUUUUGAGCGACUUUAUCAUCCGACUUUCUCUCUAUGUUGCAAACACAUCAAUAAACACGAUAUACUGACGAUGACCAUUGAACGGAAAUAUACAUUAGCGUACAUUGAGCGAUGGAAAAUUGAACAUCUGAAUGCUCAGCAAUCGCCGUCAACCAGCAUAUCAUGCGACAGUAACGACCACCAUACACCAGUAAUUCUUCUUGAACGUUUACCACUUGCCACGGUCAUUUUUGUCCGGAUUAUAACAAAUACUGGCUCUACUGCCCCAUUGAGCAAAGCUGCAACACAUCCCUUACCUUCAUCAAGGAGUAAAAUUGUCGAAUCCCGAAUGAGUACUCGAGCGAUAGCUAACUAUAAAGCAAAUUGA